UCUGAGCAAAUGAAGAUUCCCUACUGUCUGCAGUCCAGUGUUUAGUGCUGACUCAGUCGACUCGUUAUAAAUGGCUCAGCACGCUACAGAUACGCUCCUGGAGCUAAAACAAAAAGUUGGUAGUUGUAUCGACGAAGCCAAGGACAGGCUUCAUCGUCUUAGUAAAGACAUAUGGAGUUGCCCAGAACUCGCAUAUGAAGAAAGAAAGUCCCACGACAGGUUAGUUACAUUUUUCUCAGAGGAGAAGGGAUGGACUGUGGACAGUCAUUUUAAGCUCGAGACAGCAUUCCGUGCCAUAUGGGGACCUGUCGGUGGCAAGGAGAACAAUAAUGUCAUAAAUGUUGGUUUCUUGAGUGAAUACGACGCACUGCCAGGCAUUGGACAUGCAUGUGGCCAUAACCUCAUUGCGGAAAUAGGAGCUGCUGCAGCGAUCGGAUUAAAAGCUUUGGUAGAACACACACCCGAUUUCCCCGUCCCUGUACAGGUGACAGUGUUGGGAACCCCAGCAGAAGAGGAUGGAGGGGGUAAAAUCGACCUGAUAAGGGAGAGAGCGUUUGAUGGCAUGGACGUGGUAUUCAUGGCUCAUCCCUCACAGGAGGAUGCUUCCUGGCUGCCAGAUGUGGCUGAACACGAUGUCAUAGUGAGAUACCAUGGCAAGGCAUCUCAUGCUGCAGCCUAUCCCUGGGAAGGGGUCAACGCGCUGGACGCUGCUGUCCUUGCCUACAAUAACCUUUCAGUGCUCAGACAGCAACUCAAGCCAGACUGGAGAAUCCACGGUAUCAUCAAGCAUGGAGGGGUGAAACCCAACAUCAUCCCUGCCUACACAGAGCUGGAGUACUAUCUCCGAACUCCCUUACGUAAAGACUUGCCCACCAUCAAGGCCAAGGCUGAGAUGUGUUUUAGAGCCGCUGCCAUGGCAACUGGCUGUGAAGUUGAACUGGAGUUCGCAAGGAAUGCCUUUCACAAUGUCCUGCGGAAUCCCACCCUGCAUGGGUUGUAUGAGGUAAACGGCAAGGCUUUGGGGAUGGAAUUCACUACAGAUGAAGAUGUCCUCAAAAACACCUCUGGCUCCACAGACUUUGGCAAUGUGUCUUUUAUUGUUCCCGGAAUCCACCCUUACUUUUACAUUGGCUCAGAUGCUCUAAACCACACAGAGGAAUACACCGUAGCUGCUGGUGAUGAUAAAGCUCAGUUCUACACCCUGCGGGCGGCCAAGGCCCUGGCCAUGACAGCACUGGAUGUGCUGCUGUGCCCAGAGCUGCUGCAGAGAGCCAGAGAGGAGUUAAAGGAGGCUAACCUAAAGGAGGAGCGGGCCCUGAGAGGGGCCUCAGAGGCCAAACAUUGUGGAGGGGCAGCCCAGCACUGAACCACAUACUGUAUACUAACAGUAGGCUCUGGCAGAUAUGCUACCAUGUCAUCUCCUGCCCACCUGAUUCAACCAAUCAACUUCAUGAUCUCAUUGAAAUGAAUUACCUAACUUAGUGCGGGGCUAGAACAAAACCCUGUGAUCUGUAGCUCUCUAUUGACGAACGUUUGUGUUCACUGAUCUUUCUGGUCAAAGGUAACCAUAAUAGAGUGAAAUACUACUGAUCCGCUGGUCAGUUUUGAUAUUCCAACAGCUGAUGAUGGGCUAUUGAUAGGAGGAAAAUCGUAAUCAACUUGAUUUUCAGCCAUGGGGCCCUAAAAACACUAUUUGGUGCUUCUACCAAAGAUAUGAGUCUCUGUUAUGUGUGAGCACUUGAAUUGUUAUUAUCAUUACAUUAUAAAAACACCCUCAUUACA